AUGAAGGACUUUCAACUACAGCUCAACUACCCACCUCAGGGAGUCUACUUUCCUGGUAUGACUGUCACAGGAACAGUAUUCGCUGUUAACGAUGAACCUAAAGAUUACAAAGCUAUUCAAGUUAAGAUUAUUGGUUUUGCUCACGUCCAUUGGUCAGAAACUAGUGGAACUGGCGAUAAUCAACGUACUGACUAUUACACAUCUCAUGAAGAUUAUCUGAACACAUUUAUACGCGUCUGGGAUAAAGAUACUUCAGCUGGAGGUGGUCAAUUUCCUGUUGGCAGUUAUCAGUUUCCUUUUUCUCUUCAGUUGGUCGGAAACAAUUUACCAGCUUCUUAUGAGGGUGCAGUUGGUCUAAUAAAGUACACAAUAGAAGCUAGAGUAAUACAGGGUCUGCUAAAGCCUGAUAUUAUUUGUGAAACUACAAUUAAGGUAGUGAAUGUGGUUGAGAUAAAUCGUCCUGAUUUAUUGCAGCCAAAAUCAAUGGAGGUACAAAAGACACUUUGUUGUUUGUGUUGUGCUUCUGGUCCUAUUGUUAUUACAGCUCGUACACCUCGUACUGGAUAUUGUAUUCUACAAGAUAGUAUUCCUGUGGAAGUAUCUGUUGAAAAUGGAAGUAGUCGUGAAGUACGACAGAUUGUUGCUUCUAUUCAUAAAGUGGUACAUUAUACAGCUCAAGGUCAUCAUCGCUAUGAUAGAAUUGAUGUAACUUAUAUUGCUAGUGAACCAGUACCUGCUCACAACACAACAGUAUGGCAACCUCCACCUCUUAUUGUACUAGCUACACCUGUCACAUCAAUAAAUUGUGGUAUCCUUCAAGUAUACUAUUUCUUACGAGUAAAAGCUGCUAUAUCGUGGGCUAUUAAUCCAACUAUUGAUUUUCCAUUAGUAUUAGGUAAUGUACCAUUGCCAGGAACAGAGGCUAGUCCACAACCAACAAUGCCACCACAACAAGGACUGGGACUUGUGCCACCACCCCAGUCACAACCAGGAGGUAUUCCCUAUGCUAUGCCACAACAGCCAAUGCCCCAGCCCUUUCCUCCUCCUGCAUCUAUCCCUCUUGAUCCAUUUCCUCCACCACCUCCAUGUUAUGAUGACAAAUCAUCAA